AUGGCGUCCUCAAACGGCAAAGAAAGUGCAAAAAUGACAGCUUCUGUUGACAGUUUAAAACUGUCGAGUAAAAAUACAUCCGUGUGUUCAUCGAAGCAUGCGUCUUCAGAAUCAGUGUUAUCAAGAAAAGACAAGGAGUGCUUGCAAAUGCAAGAAUGCAAGAAGAAACUUCUUGCAAUGGAGCCGCAGAUUAUAAUAAGAGAUGAAAAUGUGGUGUUAAGAUCCCCGCCGCAGAAGAAAAUUGUGAUGCCGCCUACGAUCAACCCGGAGGUAAGCUUUCAAUAUUUAAAUAAGGUAAUAAGGAGGGAUGAUGGCCCCGGGUGCGAUCCCAAUCCACAACGUUGGCUUAACACUAACUGUCUGAGGUAA